AUGUGCCGGUUCCUGGUCUACAAAGGGAGCGACGAGAUCUUGCUUUCAAAGCUAGUCCUCGACCCAGCACACUCCAUCCUCAAGCAGUCAUUUGACUCUCGCCUCCGGCUGGACACUCGACGUGGUCAAAACAACGCCGACGGGUUCGGCAUUGGCUUCUACACCGACCCCAAGCUAGGCGCUGCGCCCUGCCUCUUCACCUCGACCACACCAGCCUGGAACUGCGUCAACCUCCAACGAUUGGCUUCCAAGACAGCCUCUCACCUUAUCUUCGCCCAUGUCCGCGCCACCACCGAAGGGUCACUGAGCGAAGACAAUUGCCACCCAUUCUCCCACGGCAGCUUGAUCUGGAUGCACAAUGGUGGCAUCGGCGGCUGGAAGCAGAUCAAGAGGAGGCUCGGCGAGCGGUUGGCCGACAAGUGGUAUCUUGGAGUAGUGGGAGGGACCGACAGUGAAUGGGCGUUUGCCUUGUUCUUGGACACACUCGAGCGCAUGGGACACAACCCCAGCUCCCAGCCAGCCGAUGGAUUUGGGCCAACGGUUCUUAGAAGGGCGAUGCUCAAGACAAUUGCCAUCAUCAACGAACUCAUCGACAACAUUCCCGAGAGCGUUAUCCACUCUGAGAAUGUCGACACCAGAAGUUUACUCAACUUUGCCGUAUCAGACGGCCAUAGCGUCAUCUGCACCCGCUACGUAGGUAGUGCCUCGGACGAAGCCGCCAGUUUAUACUACUCGUCGGGCACACUCUGGGAAACCCGCGCCCCCACCCCCCACAAGAGGGACUAUCAAAUGGAGCGCAGCGAUAAGGGGGCAGAUGUAGUUCUAGUAGCCAGUGAGCCCCUUUCCUUUGAGCGAGAAAACUGGGUCAACGUCCCAACAAACUCAAUCCUCACCAUCCACAAUCAGACAGUAAUGGUUCAUCCCAUCAAAGACCAAUACUACGACCGCAACCCCCAACACCGCCGCUCGGCAGCCUUUGUCCGAGCCCGCGGCCUCUCGGCCAACGAGAAAACCACCCUCCGCGCCGGCAUCUCGGGCCCAAUUCCCACCAUCGCCGGCCCAUCCACCACUUGCGGUCCAGCUUGCGCGCCCCAACCUCAAGAGAACAAACAAAACCACCCACAAAAACGCCUCCUCGGCCCCACGAUCCCUACCUUUCCUUAUGCCCGUCAAGAGAGCAGUUCAACCGUCCCAAGAACACGGACACCACUCUCGCAUUCAGAGUCAAGCUCGACGCUUGUCGGCGGGGCUCCUCCAGCACCGGAGGUGCCGACUGUGAGACCAACCCAGCCAAGUCAGGGGAACAUCAAGAAGAAGAGGGCGAGCUUGAGCGCGGUGGAUGCGGGAGGGCACGCGGGGAUGCUGGGGCCGUAUUUGAGCGAUACCAGUCCUGUGACGCCGGAGCCGACGCCGGCGAGGACAGAGUAUGGGAAUCCGGAUAAGAUUGCGAGGAUGUUUCCCGAGUUAGCGCUGCGGUAG